AUGGCCUCGCCAGACCAUAUUCAGAUUGGCAACCUCACAGGAGUGUUCAAAGUGGUGAGCAAAGUCUUCGACCCUUUUUUCCCCAAUAUGUCUCCACCGCCUUCGACGGUGAAUCAAGAGAAACACAGAGAAUCUGGACCGUGGCUGACUAUAGGUCUGGGUAUUUUUGUCGAUGAACAGAACAAGGAUCUAUCGGAUGACAUUGCACCUCUGUUGGAGCUUCAAAACAUCAAUUGGUUGAUCCGGAAGAUGAUGGCAACUGGAGCCCCGACGCUUGACAUCAAGGAGUAUGUCGACAGCGACGGGGGCGGAAAAGCAAAGCUCGAAAUCACCCUGUCGGGCCCGGCCGGCAUCAAAGGCUUGGACCACAAGGUUUUGGACUGGGAGCCGGUCAAGAAGAGCAAUGGUCCAUUCGGAUUGGUUGAGAAUCGUGGUCGGUAUUAUUCCGGCAAGGUCGAGCCGGUGAGCUCACCCCUGGCCGACGAGGUCGUGGAGUUCCUGAAUGCCGAGACCCUUGCAGACGGAAGCCCCAGCGCCUGGGCAGGAACAAGUGCCGAUCAGCACUUGCACACUGCCAUGAUCAGCGAAGGAGGCGGCUGGAUCUCAGAGCAGACGUGGGGGUUCGAAAUCAUCGAUGGCCAGCGCUACCAUACCAGGCGUGGUAUCGUGUCUAAGCAAGGGGGGGAGACUAGGCGAGGACGUCUGGUGUACGACUACGUCGGUUGA